AUGCAGGCGCUGGUCAUGAAGACACUCACGUUCACAGAGUACGAGCUCGGUAUCUCGUACUCUCCUGAUACGGAAGACGGAUCCGUAUCGACGGCGAUGGAAUCCAAGCCGCCUGCCGAGCGUGGCAUGGACGAUUCUUUGCGUCGCAGCAUUUGGUUCAUCUGA